AUGGCGUCAGCAUCAUUGCUACUUCCAUUCGGUUCUUCAUUUUCCAAACGUUUAUCUGGGAGUCAUCAAACAGUUCAAAAAAUCAGCAUUGAAGGUUUUAUGAUACAGUGCUCAAGUUCAGAAUCUAGGCUGCAAGCUUCAAAGACCAUCGAUCACAUGAAGGAGUGGGACUUCGUGAAGCGUAGGGAAGUAAUUGGAUUAGGUUUUGGCCUGUCAGGCCUUCUGCUAGGCUCAUCUUCUUCAAAAGCAGCUGGAUUACCCCCAGAGCAAAAACCGAGGCUGUGCGAUGAUGACUGUGAGAAAGAGAUAGAAAAUGUACCUAUGGUAACUACUGAGUCUGGGUUGCAGUACAAGGAAAUCAAAGUUGGUAGAGGACCAAGCCCUCCUGUUGGAUUUCAGGUUGCCGCUAAUUAUGUUGCCAUGGUUCCCUCGGGACAAAUAUUUGACAGUUCACUGGAGAAAGGCCAGCUUUACAUUUUCCGCGUUGGCGCUGGUCAGGUGAUCAAGGGACUGGAUGAAGGGGUCCUGAGCAUGAAAGUCGGAGGAAAACGUCGACUCUACAUUCCGGGACCAUUAGCUUUUCCAAAAGGCCUCACAUCAGCUCCGGGAAGGCCACGAGUGGCUGCUUAUAGUCCAGUUAUAUUCGAUGUUAGUUUGGAGUACAUACCCGGCCUUGAAGACGAUGAAGAGUAA